AUGAGCACCAGCAGGCCUGUUUCGACGGUGAUACCGCCUCGGAGAACGUUCGGUCCAGAUGAGAGUGCCGCGUCCGACGCGGGGCAGUCAUCCGGCCAACCAGGAGGUUCACCGCUUCCACGUCGUGUCUCGGGGCGUGUCUCGUUCUCUACUCUCAACCACAGACCAAGUCUAUUCGGAAGAAGGAGGAGCGGCGUGGAUGAGGAGACUGGGGCAGCCGCUGCAGCGCCGGAGCGGCCUGCGAUACCGAGCGCGCUGCAGCCGGGGGAAUCGUACGCGACUCCGCUGCCCAAGCUGUCCAUGACCGUCCUCUCGAUUACCAUGCUGGGCGAAUUUCUGUCGGCCAACGUCUCGGCCCCGUUCAUCCUGUUCAUGGUGCAAGGAUUCGGCCAGUUCUCGGAUGAGGCUCGUGUUGGGUACUGGACCGGCAUCUUGGUAUCAACGUUCUUUCUAACCCAAUUUCUUACCUCUCUGCUAUGGGCCACGGUCGCCGCCAAACAUGGUCAGCGACUCGUUUUGUUCAUCUCCCUCCUCGGGAGCGCGGUGACCUGCUGCCUGUUCGGAACGUCCAAAUCACUCCAGCAGGCAAUCGCUAUUCGCCUAAUGCAAGGAAUAUUCGCCGGUGCUAUCGGCGUCGCGCGUGGGUCUGUGACAAUGAUCACCGACCAGAGCAAUGAGGGGCGGGCGUAUGCGAUUCUGGGUUUCUGUUGGGGUUUUGGUGGUGUCGCUGGAGCGAUCGUUGGAGGAACCUUUGAGUCCCCCGCCAAGAAGUGGCCAUCGGUAUUCGGCGAUCUAGAGCUUUUCAUCAAUUACCCUUAUUUGCUGCCAUGUGCUGUUGCAUCAUCCAUCACCUUUGUGGGAUCCAUUCUGUGCUUAUUCGUCGGUCCGGAUUGUGGCCCACGGGAGGGAACCAUCCGCUUACCAAUCGAGAAGUUCGGUACAAUUUCAGAGGAAGACGCGGUGCCGACCACACCACUCUUCGAUGAGCAAGAGUCUCGACACAGUUUUUACGAUACCGUCAAGCAGAGGCUUUCAGGUCGGCUUUCUGGCUACUUCGUGCGGAGCGGACAACCCGUGCAGGAAGGCACCUCGGCAACUUCUCCAGUACAAGACGAGUCUCUGCCCUUAUCUUCCACUCCCUCUCGCACGUCCAUUACCAAGCCGCGGCCGAUCUCUCAGACAAGCCGAGCAAAUGGCUCAGCGUAUGGGUACAGCGGUACAUUCAGGAAUCGACUGUCAAGUGGAUACAGCGCAAGGCCGAGAUCGAAUGCGGCACUUUCCAUCAGGCGCAGGAGUACCAUAGAUGGAUUCUCCUCUUCUGUCGGGACCGCCACCGGAAGCGACCUCAACUUUGCCCAGCGCCUGCUCAUGGCCAACGAGAAUGCUGUUACGAACAUUGCCGACCUUUGGGUCGCAGCGGCAAUGAACGUGGACAACGAAGAUCCCUUCGAGCUCGAGUCCGAUUUUGACGACGAUGCCGAGGCGUUUGGAGAAGAGGACUUCGCCGCCGAGGAGGGCGAGAUCGAGGAGGAAGAUAUAUUCGGCCCUACGACUGCAGACCCUUCGUCGCGUCACAACAGGUUCUCCCGCCGAGAAUCGCUUACCUCGACCAUUGGUCCUAAACUCAAACGCUCAUCCUUCUCGGGGAGCAGGCAUCCUCCGCCACUUGGUUCGCCGCGGCGCGUCUCGAGCUCGGGGCGCCUGUCUUUCCUCCGACCGCGCUCCUCACAAUAUUCUCCAGCGUUAGUCGGCGACGAGCUGCCGUCCAUGCAUCGACGCUUGUCGACUACCGUCCCCUCUAUUUUCUCCCACGUGGGCGUCCGGACGCCUCCUGCAGUCCUCGAGGCGCAGCAGCUGCUUCAGAAUUUUGACGAGCAGGCUCCAGGUGAUUCUUUGGCUCCUAUCUUGGAGUCUCGGCGUGGGGGGACGGAGAAUGAGGCCGCCGUCGAGCCUGAGGAGCUGGAGAGAGAGCCCUCUUUGAUGUCGCAGCUGCCAAUCCUGAUCAUCAUUCAAUAUGGCUUGCUGGCGUUACACUCCACGACGCAUGACCAAGUGUUCUAUCUGUAUCUUGUCUCCAAAUAUCCGUUGGGCGGCCUGAACCUCAACGCGGGUCAUUUCUCUCAAUUGAGUAAGGAUGAAUUCGUUGACUUCGUGCCAGGUCUUGCGCUAAUAUUGCAUAUCAAUUCUAUUUGUAUCCGUGCGUGUUACCUUUGCUUGAUUACUGCGCUUGGUGUUGACUUGUCAUCGUCCGCAUUCAGCAACAUUGGCCCGCCUCGAGGUCGUUUCUCUCACCUGGCUAUGCUCCGCUUAGGAUCGCUUCUUUUCAUUCCGUCUUAUUUAUCCGUAAUCAUGUAUCGGGUAUUAGCAAGUGCCAACACCGACGGCAAUCCGAUCCUCAUGGCCGCGCUCGCGUUGAGCACCGCUGUCAGGUUUUGCGGCAGCACGUUCUGCUACACGUCGAUUUCGGUCUUACUCAAUUACAUGUCGCCACCUCAUGUGGUCGGAUUCGCCAACGGCGUUGCGCAGAGUAUCGUCAGCUUAGCGCGUUUCGCUGGACCAAUCUUAGGCGGCACGCUAUGGUCCAUGAGCGUCCAAGACGGCCCGGAGGGUUAUCCCCUGGGCUUCCUGGCAUGCGCGGGCGCGUGUGCGCUUGCCAUCGCGCACAGCUUCUUCAUUCGAUGA